AUGGAAAUAACAAAUCGAUUAAUGAUUUUUUUUUCAACUCUUUUAUUGUGUGGUGGCGAAUAUCACAAGGAAGAAUGGCCUUUUAUAAUUAAUAAACCAUUUUUGUCUACAUCAUUAACUGACUUAUGGUCAAAUCGCUGGCAUCAAUUAUUUAGAGAAAUUUGGAUUUCAUUAGCAUAUAGACCAUUGAGAACUUUUAUAAGAAACAAAAUUAUUCCUUUAUUAGGUCAAAAAUUUAAAAAAAUUGGAGAAUUAUUUGAUAAAGUUAUUCCACCACUUGGAGUUUUUGUACUAAGUGGAUUGUUUCAUGAAUAUAUAAAUUGGACUGUUACAUAUCAAUAUUGGAUUCCAGGUGAACAAUUAACAUUUUUUGUUUUACAAGGAAUUGGUGUAAUUAUGGAAAAAUUGGUUAAACAAUCAAUUCCAUCUCUCAGAAUUCCAAAAUGGUUGGGUUGGAUUUGGACAUUUGUAUUCAUUUGUUUGACAAUACCUUACUUUCUAAAUGUAUGGAUUAAAGCUAAUCCAUGGUGA